AUGCUGAGGGUCGGGCUGUCGACUUUGAGUCCCUUGCCGUCCACUGAGCGCGCGCACUUUAGUCAGUACAAGAGUGCUAAGACCUUGUACAACGCUGUAGUUGCACGCUACUCUUCCCCUGCCACUGCUGCCCUUAGUCGCCUCAUAGUGUCGUACCUGUUCCCGGACCUCGCCGCCUUUCCCACAGUCGCUGACCUCAUUACGCACCUUCGCACUAGUGACACCCGCUACCGCGCUGCGCUUCUUGAUGAGUUCGACGCCAAAAAACCCCCCCCCCCCAUGUACAUCACCCUCUACUACCUAGUCACCCGGCUCUCUGACUCCCUUCGCUCGGUCAGGGACCACUUCCUCUCUGUUUGCCCCACCACACUCACCGUUGACCUCCUCGAGGAGCGCCUCCUGGCAGCUAUGAAGAGUAUAGUCGCUGUAGGAGCCUCUCGUGGUGACCCUCGUGCCCCCUUCUUUGAGGGGUGCUCCCCCUCCCCCCUUUUGCCCUCUGUUGCCUCUGCUGCUGCGGUCGACCUCUUUGGCACCAAGUCGGUCGGCGCUGCGUCUGUCCCUAGCGGGAGACGCCGCAACGGCAAGGGCAAGGGGGGCAAGGGCGUUGGAGGGGAUGGCAAGGGCGGUGGAGGUGGCGGUGGAGGUGGCGGAGGGGGUGGGGGUGGCGGUGGGAGUGGUGGAGGGGGUGGGGGCUUCGGUGGCAGCAGUGGAGGCGGAGGCGGCGGCGGCGGUGGCGGUGGCGGUGGGAGCGGAGGAGGCGGCGGUGGCACCGGUGGCAGCGGCGGCAGUAGAGCUGGUCGGGGUGGCGCUGUGCAGCGGGGCGGCUUCGUUGGUGGUCAGCGCCAGCAGCAGCAGCGCACUCGUGACACCACGCCCCCCCAGCAGCUUCGUGAGUGGUACGCUGCGCGUCAGCAGGGUGGGGGUGCUGGUCCCUGUGCCUACGUCGUGCGUACCGGCGAGCGACCGCACUGGUCGGGGGUUGCUAUCUUUGAUCUUGAUUAUGAUGCUAUUCUUGCCGCCAUGUUUCUUGUGUCUACUAGUGAUGAGGGUGACUGUUACCUGUGUAUUCUGCCUAACCCGGGAAUUGAGGCUGCUGCUCUAGGUGCUGGUGAGGCUGCAGCUCUAGGUGUUAGUGCGUCUGCUCUUCCAGGUACUGGUGAGUCUGCUCUCUCAGGUACCACGUCGGCUCAGGCCUUCCACACCUUCACCCUUGACUCGGGUGCUUCCCGCUCCUUCUUUCGAGACCGCACCACACCCACGUCGCUUCGUCGGCCGGUUGCAGUCUCCCUGGCACACCCCUCUGGGGGUCUUGUCAUAGCCCACUUCUCCACUGUCUUACCGUGUCCGGCGGCCCCUUCUGGCACGGUGUCAGGUCCUUACCUCCCCUCGUUCUCUACUAACUCGGUGAGUUGUGCUGAUCUACAGGAUGGGGGGGUUGACCAGUUCACUCCUGCGAGUCAACGAGUGACCCACUGCACGUGUGCUCGGACGGGCCGACACUUGGCCACGUUUACCCAUCAGCCGGGGUCGAGCCUGUACACCCUUACUACUGAGUCUCAUCCGUCUGCUGCGUCUGGUCAGGUAGCUGCGUCGGGUCAGGUGUUUGCUGCAGCGUCCAGGCCUGGUCCUGAGUCUGCCCCCUACUUGUGUUGUAUCCUGUCUCACCAGACUCUCCUCUGGCACCACCGCCUUGGUCACCGCUCGCUGCCUCGUCUCCGAGGCAUGGCCUCCCGUGUCCUUGUCUCUGGUCUCCCCCGGUCCCUCCCUCCUCUUCCUCCGGGGCCUGCCCCUACCUGCGUUCCCUGCGUCGAGGGGCGGCAGCACGCCGCUCCUCACUCCUUCGAGUUUCCUAUGAAAGAGGCUCCGCUGCAGACACUUCACCUGGACUUGUGGGGCCCCGCUCGUGUCCAUGGACAGGGUCAAGAGCGUUACUUCCUGUUGGUCGUUGAUGACUACUCGCGUUACACCACAGUCUUCCCCUUGCGCAGCAAGGGUGAGGUCACUGAGGUGUUGAUCAACUGGAUCCGCGUAGCUCGUCUCCAGCUCAGAGAGAGUUUCGGCUCCGACUUUCCUGUUCAGCGUCUGCACUCUGACAGAGGCGGAGAGUUUUCCUUUGACCUUCUGCGAGCCUUCUGUCGUGCACGGGGCAUCCGCCAGACGUUCACGCUUCCGGCCUCCCCACAACAAAAUGGGAUUGCUGAGCGCCGCAUUGGCAUGGUCAUGGACGUGGCUCGUACGUCCAUGAUCCAUGCGGCUGCUCCCCAUUUUCUGUGGCUGUUCGCGGUUCGUUAUGCGGCACAUCAGAUCAACCUUCAGCCCCGGGUCUCCUUACCAGAGACCUCCCCUACUCUGCGGUGGACGGGGAAGGUUGGCGAUGCGUCUGCGCUUUGUGUAUGGGGAUCUCGGGCGUUUGUCCGUGACUUCUCUGCCGACAAGCUGUUCCCCCGUGCUGUUCCCUGCGUCUUCCUUGGUGUGUCUCAGGUAGACGCAGUCGAGCCUGUCAAGGUAGCUAUUGACUCUGGUGCUGCUAGGGGUGCUGACCGUGUUGUGUGA